AUGAACCAUGAUGAGCGUAAAGUAAAACGAUUGAUUGUGCGUCGGAACACUAUCACUGGUUCCAUCAAUUUGGUUAAAACCUUUUAUGAAAAUUUCAAUUCUGAGCGGGAUUUUCCUCAACUGAGAUUCCGCCUAGAAAAACUAGACGAGCUUUAUCGGGAAUUUAAUGAAAUUCAAAGUGAGAUCGAGGCCGAAGAAGAAUUGCCUGAGGAAUUUUCAGAAACACGUGCCAAUGUCGAAAAUGAUUAUUUCAUGCUUAAAGGUAAUUUGGCGGCAAAAUUAGACGCCAUUGCUCCCAACAAUUCAUCUCAAUCCCCCUUAGCUCCACCUGCACAUGUUCCCUCUGUCCGUCUCCCUGAGAUUAAAAUUCCGGAAUUUAGUGGAAAUUUCGAUGAGUGGAUGAAUUUUCACGAUUUGUUCACCACCCUCAUCCAUGUGAACCUGCAACUUUCGUCCAUACAAAAAUUCCAAUAUUUGAAGGCGGUUCUUAAGGGAGAAGCUCUCAGGCUUAUCGAAUCGUUGGAAGUUUCUGCGACUAACUACACUAUCGCGUGGGAUCUGUUAAAUAAACGGUACGAUAAUAGAAAUCUGCAAAUUAAGCAACAUUUUUCGGCACUUUUAUCCACACCUUCUGUUCGGAAAGAAUCUUCAUCAGCCCUCGCCAAUUUGGUUGAUGAAUUCGGAAAACACGUGAGCGUUCUUAACAAAUUAGAAGAUCCGAAGGAUCAUUGGAAUUCUUUCCUUGUCGAAACUCUGAGCAGCAAGUUAGAUCCAGUUUCACAGAAGGAGUGGGAAAAUCAAUUGUGUGACGACAUUCGACCAACUUACGAAUCGUUAGUCACUUUUAUACAAAAGCGUUCUCGAAUUUUGCAAUCACUAAUGCUCUCCCAACCUUCGCUACCUAGUGCAAAAUUCGAAUCCAAAAUCGAAUCAAAAUCUUCUCGAAACAAAAUAUCGAUUUAUCACUCAGCCAAUAGUGAUCUGCCGAAAUGCAUCUUAUGCAAACAAGCGCACCUUUUGAUGCAGUGCGACGAGUUCAAAAGGCAAACACCUCAAAAACGUUUCGAAAUCGCCAAAAGACAUGGUCUUUGCCUCAAUUGCCUAAAAUCGUCGCAUUUGAUGAAAAAUUGUACUUCCGGAUCGUGUCGAACAUGCAACAGGAAACAUCACACCUUGUUGCACCUGAACUCAUUCAAACCAUCGUCCAUUCACGAUGAUGAGCAAAAUACUAUCGCUGCACAAAUUGCGCAAUCUUAUUCACACUCACAAUCGGCACCGUUCGUCGAUCCUUCGUCGUCGGUUACGUGCAUUGCCGAUCAAUGUCACGUGCUCCCUCGGGUACAGGGAGUGCCCUCGUCGUCGGUUGGGCCUAGUAAACAAUCGUCGUCUUUCGUUCCCUCGUCGGAUGGGCAUCCGUCAGGUUCGGCUCAAAACACUACACAUGUGACGAAUUGCCAUACACAAUCAUUUUUCUCGAAACCAUCCCAAUCAGCUGUUUUCAUGCUGACUGCAUACGUUAAGGUCAAGGACCUCGCAGGCAACUUUUUACACGCUCGUGCCUUGCUUGACUGUGCUUCCGAAGCCAACUUCGUUUCCGAACAUUUAGCACAACAGCUUCGCUUAAAACGUACACCAGCAAACGUCGAUGUGUAUGGUAUCAGCCAGUCAGUCCAAAGAGUAAAAGAUCAAGUGCCGAUCACCAUUGCCUCUCGAUCCGGCAACUUUGUCACAAGCAUGGAAUUUUUCGUGUUGCCUGCCUUGACCAGAGUUCUUCCAUCUACAAAUGUAGACAUUUCGAAGUGGGUAAUUCCUCGCAACCUUCCCCUUGCAGACCCCAAGUUCAAUAUUGCUCACGACGUUGACCUUAUCAUUGGAAUCAAAUCAUUUUUCUCCAUCUUAGAGAAUGAUCAAAUAUCGCUUGGCCAAGGUUUUCCCAUACUAAGAAAAACUGUCUUUGGGUACGUCGUCGCGGGUGAAACAAACGCACAACCAAAAAGUCCCGCCGUGGUCUGCAAUGUUUCGUCCAUAGACAAUCUGGACGCCACAAUUCGUAAAUUUUGGGAAGUGGAAAGUUUCGAGAAAGGCAAAUCUUUAAGUUUGGAAGAACAAUAUUGCGAGACGCACUUUUUGAAAACCCACUUCAGAGCACCUGACGGACGGUACGUGGUUCGUUUGCCGAUUCGUGAGGAAAUGUUGCAUGCCUUGGGAGAAUCAUUUCCGAUAGCAAAUCGCAGAUUUCUUAGUACCGAGAGGAAGUUGGGCUCAAAUGAUAAUCUUCGAGCGGAUUAUUUUGAAUUCAUGACUGAAUAUGAAAAUCUCGGUCAUAUGGAACCUGUCAAGCCCGAUCUCACAAAGCCCCACUACUACCUUCCUCACCACGCCAUCCAACGUCCCGAAAGCACAACAACAAAAACUCGCGUCGUGUUCGAUGCGUCUUGCCGAGCAGCAAACAACAUUUCGCUGAACGACAUCUGCUACAUCGAUCCCACCGUCCAACCUUCGUUGAUUUCCACACUCAUCAACUUUCGUUUACCAAAAUACGCCGUAACAGCUGAUGUGGAAAAAAUGUACCGGCAGAUCGUCGUCCAUCCAGCUGAUCGUCCUCUGCAGCAGAUACUGUGGCGAAAGAAUUCCGAAGCACCACUACAAACCUUUCGUUUGAACACAGUAACAUAUGGUACAGCCCCUGCUCCGUACCUGGCUACUCGCGUCCUCAACCAACUUGCCCACGAUGAAGCCGAAAACUUUCCUCUCGCUGCCCCACUCGUACCCAACCGUUUCUACGUGGAUGAUUAUCUUUCGGGCAAUGAUGAUAAACAGCUGUUGAUCGCCGAAAACCACCAGAUGAUUGAGUUAUUGAAAUCUGGGGGGUUUACUCUUCGCAAAUGGUGCAGCAAUUGCAACGAAGUCCUCUCGCAGAUUCCAGAAGCACUCAGAGACUCUCGAUCCGAACUCGAUAUUGGCCAAUCAGGAUCGAUCAAAACAUUGGGACUUCGUUGGCAUCCACAACCCGAUCAUUUCACUUUCAAUGUUCCUGAUCUCGAAACGUCGGCUCCAAUAACAAAACGAGUCAUACUCUCGGAAAUGUCUCGUCUCUUCGAUCCGAUGGGUUUACUCGGUGCCUCCGUCGUAAGCGCAAAAAUAUUCCUACAGUCGCUUUGGUCCGAAAAGUUUUCGUGGAAUGAUCCGUUGCCAGUACAUCACCAAACCUGGUGGCAGCAAUACCGACAGGAGAUGGAAAGCUUUCGUUCGUUAGCCAUUCCCAGACACGUUUUUAUGAAUGACUACGAAAAUUUCGAACUGCACUGCUUCUCGGACGCUUCCGAUAGUGCAUAUGGUUGUUGCAUUUAUGUACUUUCCUCGAAAGCAGAAAACAAACCAAUUUGUAAUCUCCUGGCUUCAAAAUCGCGAGUUAGCCCUCUCAACAAGCUAUCAACCCCUCGGCUAGAGCUUUGUGCUGCUCUCCUUGCUGCCCAGCUACAAGACUCUAUCGUGGAAUACACCGGAUGGAAUUGCCCGGUGACAUUUUGGACGGAUUCCACCAUAGUGCUGCACUGGUUGGCUUCGUCGUCGUCCGUUUGGAAGGUGUUUGUAUCGAACAGAAUUGCUGAGAUCCACCGCAUCACCAGAGGCAGUCCAUGGCGUCAUAUUCCGACUGACCUCAAUCCAGCUGAUCGAAUCUCCCGCGGUGUCAGCCCAUCAGCACUCAUAGCAGACAAUCUUUGGUGGCAUGGACCCAACUUUCUUUGUACCGACAAAUCGAACUGGCCACCUAAUGAUAUCUCACUAUCGCCUCUCCACAUGCAAGCUAGAGGAAUUGAAAGCAAACAAUCGACGAUCAUUCUCGUCUCUCCCCCCUUCAGCGAAAAGUUGCAUGGGGUUAUCGCUUUAUACAAAAUUGUCGAACAAAACCUGAUAAACGAAAUUUUGGCUCACUGA